GUUCAAAUCUCUCUCUCUCUCUCGGCUCUACUGUAUCUCACACACCCUCUCUCUAUCAGUCUAUCUAUAUUAAGUUUUCAUUUUCCAGAUAUGAAACGGCCGCCUCUACCACCUCGAUGACUGAGUUGAAUCGGUGCGGCCUUCCUGGUCAUCGUCAAGACACCACCUCUUAAAUAAGUCCAAGUAAUCCAGUCGGUGUUCUCGGGAAAAUCUCAUUUCCCGGUUAACAGUCAGAAAGUCUUUCUUGUUUUGUUCCAAGGCCACUGUCAGAAGCUUGUGUUGUGUCUAUAAUAGAAGCAAACAGCAUAGAACAAGUUGGCUGGCUCCUUUUUUUAGACCUGGAGCUCUGAUAGAUUGAAGAAACCUACCAAAAUGGACGACCUUGACAAUUCCUCAUCACUAGUUGAUUCUACUGCUUCAGCAGAAGCUUCUUUUUCCGAGCCUCCGGCCAAGAAAAAGAGAAAUCUUCCCGGAAUGCCAGAUCCUGACGCUGAGGUGAUCGCUUUAUCGCCGAAAACUCUGAUGGCGACGAACCGUUUCGUGUGCGAGAUCUGCAACAAAGGGUUCCAGCGGGACCAGAACCUUCAGCUCCACCGGCGGGGCCACAACCUGCCGUGGAAGCUGAGGCAACGAACCACGACGGAAGUUAAGAAGCGGGUUUACGUCUGCCCGGAGACGUCGUGCGUGCACCACAACCCGGCCCGAGCGCUGGGCGAUCUCACCGGGAUUAAGAAGCACUUCUGCAGAAAGCACGGCGAGAAAAAGUGGAAGUGCGAGCGGUGCUCCAAGAAGUACGCAGUGCAGUCGGAUUGGAAGGCUCACAUGAAGACCUGCGGCACCAGAGAGUACAAAUGUGACUGUGGAACCUUGUUUGCUAGGAGGGAUAGCUUCAUAACGCAUAGGGCUUUCUGUGACGCCUUGGCCGAGGAGAGUGCCAAGGCUCAAACCCUAGGAAGCUCGCAGCUGGGAACUCCAAAUCCGAACCCGAAUGCCGGAAAGGCCGUCCUGGUGGCGUCGCCGCCUCCACCGCCUCUCACGCCUUCCAACAUUGUUGUGUCUCCGGCUCUAUCCAUUCAAAGCUCAGAAUUCCCAGCAGAAAACCCAGUAAGAGUGUCGCCACCACCGCCAGCAACAACGUGCCUAACGAGUGCCACAACGGCCAUUGGCACCACUGCCACUGCCACCACCACCUCAACCGGAAAUUGCAGCAACACUAGUACUAGUGUGUUUGCUAGCAUAUUUGCUCCUUCCAGCAACGCCUCACAAACAUCAGCAGCUGCUAACUCGUCAUACAGUUCGGCAAUCCCAUCAGUCUCCGCCAUGGAACCAACGUCUCUCUCACUCUCCACCUCUCUGUACCUAUCCAACAAUGGCUCCUCCCUCUUCCCAACAACCAACCACCAAGACCAACGCCAGUAUGUAGCUUCUCCUCAGGCCCCGGUCAUGUCCGCUACUGCAUUGCUCCAAAAAGCAGCACAAAUGGGUGCAGCUACGACUAGUGAAUCUUUUCUUCGUGGCUUUGGCUUGGACACUUCCUCAUCGCCUCCCCAGGCGCAAGAUAGCACCGCCUCUUUGCAGUGGAGCAACAACAGCCACAUCCAGCAGCACAAAAGAGAUGGCAGUGGCGGUGCUGCGGUUACAGUGGCAGCUGGGCUGACUGAUCUCAUGAUGGGUCCGCCUUUGCCGUUUGGGAGUCAUCAUCAGCCCAUGACCCGUGACCUUCUUGGGCUGGGCAUAGGUGAUAAUGGCGGCGGCGGCAAUGCCUCAUCUGGCGGACUCUCUGCUUUGCUCAACUCAUUUGGAGGUCGUGGAGGUUAUACUACAUAUGCAAGGGGAGAAGAGUCUUCAUGGGAAGGUGCACCAGAGAGCAAGCCUAAUACUUCCAAUGGUCCGGCCUUGCUCUAAACACCCCUCCACUCCGAGUCGAAUAGACUUAUCUUUUGGACUUUUGGUCAUCUGAGAUCAAUCGGCAAGCUUCUUAGUAGCUUGUUUUCCGAUAGAUGAUGCUUUUGUUCCCUCGGGCAAAAUUCGAUGAACUUAUGGCCGGGAAAGCUGUGUAUAGGGCAUUAUGUACGUAGUUAGUGGCUAGCUUAGCAAGUGCCAUCACAGUUUAGCUAGGGUAAAAUGUACGCGAAACUUCAUUCUAGCUAUAACUAUAAGUAGUACUUUUGAUGAUACUGGUUUGAAUCGAUCAGUUGAGUUACGU